GCUGAGCUGCCUGGAUCAGCAACAAUUUGCCGUGCUUUUAUGGAUCAAGCUCAUGGGGCAUUGUGAAUGGGAUCACAAACGAGGACCCAGAGGCUCACAGUCUUCUGGCACCAGUAUCACCGUGGAUAUCGCUGUCAUGGGAGAAGCACACGGGCUCAUCACAGACCUUCUGGCUGAUCCUUCACUGCCCCCCAAUGUGUGCACAUCGCUGAGAACAGUCAGCAACCUGCUCAAUACACAGCUAACCUUCCAGGCCAUCCACAAGCCAAGGGUGAAUCCCAUGGUGUCCUUCAGUGAGAACUACACCUGCUCGGACUCAGAGGAAUGUCCGGAGAAAGGAGAGAAGCUAGCUAUUCCCAAGCGCUUACGGAGAAGUUUGCCUCCAGGACUGCUGAGACGAGUGUCCUCAACUUGGACCACAACAACAUCAGCCACAGGACUGCCUACCCUGGAGCCAGCUCCAGUGAGAAGGGAUCGCAGUGCCAGCAUCAAACCCCACGAAUCAUCUUCAUCCAGCUCUGACUCCUGGAACAGCUCCAUUCUGAUGACAAUCACAAAGAGCAGGUCCUUCUCCACCUCCUACGCCGUGUCCUCUACCAACCACCUGAAUGCCAAAAGGCAGAGCCGGCAAGGUAUCCCACCAAACAUUUCACCUCUCACCUCCCCGUGCCAUUCGCCGAUUCAGGGGACGCCUGCCACAAGUCCUACUGGAAAAACAUCUUCUGUGUCAUUUCCAGAGCCUACAGACACUGACACCAAGCAGAGCUUAAAGCCACACAAAGUCUUAACUUCUACUCAGAGUGCACCUAGCCUGUCAGACCCUAUUAUCAGCCCCUCCAUCAUCUGCAGCAGCUGUGGCAGACCCUACAACCAAAUAGAAGCUGGUGACGGAACACUAAAUAGAAAUGAUGCUACUACACACACCCUGAACAGAACAGAUGAUCCUGCUCAAGCCACUUCUGACUACGAGACCAACAACAGUGACAGCAGUGACAUCGUUCAGAACGACGACGACACAGAUUGCUCCAAGGAGCAGGCUCGGAAGGGAUCCAGCUGUAGGUCCUACACGCCCGAGACCAUCAUCCUGCAUCCCUUGAUACCACCUGAGGACAAGCCUGUACUGGCUCCUGAGCCUCUGGUUAUGGACAACUUGGAUCCCCUGAUGGAGCAGCUAAACAGCUGGAACUUCCCAAUCUUUGAUUUGGUGGAAAAAAUAGGAAAGAAGUGUGGUCGGAUUCUCAGUCAGGUUUCAUACAGGCUUUUUGAAGACAUGGGGCUGUUUGAAACCUUUAAAAUACCAGUGAGGGAAUUUAUGAACUACUUUCAUGCCUUGGAGUGUGGAUACCGAGAGAUACCUUAUCACAACCGAAUCCAUGCCACUGAUGUUCUACACGCCGUGUGGUACCUUACAACCCAGCCCAUCCCAGGCCUCCCAACUGUGAUCAAUGACCACGGCUCAGCAAGUGAUUCAGAUUCUGACAGUGGAAUCACUCACGGCCACAUGGGCUAUGUGUUUUCGAAGACAUACACACCUACAGACGACAGCUACGGAUGUCUGGCUGGCAACAUCCCUGCCCUGGAGCUGAUGGCUCUUUAUGUAGCUGCAGCCAUGCAUGAUUAUGAUCACCCAGGAAGGACCAAUGCCUUCUUGGUAGCAACGAGUGCCCCUCAGGCGGUGCUGUACAACGACCGCUCCGUGCUGGAGAACCACCACGCUGCUGCUGCCUGGAACCUCUUCAUGUCCAGGCCAGAGUACAACUUCCUGGUCAACCUGGACCAUGUGGAGUUCAAGCAUUUCCGCUUCCUUGUCAUAGAGGCGAUUCUGGCUACUGACCUGAAGAAACACUUUGAUUUUGUUGCCAAAUUCAACGCCAAGGUGAACGAUGAUGUUGGAAUUGACUGGACCAACGAGAACGACCGCCUGCUGGUCUGUCAGAUGUGCAUCAAACUGGCUGACGUCAAUGGGCCUGCAAAAUGCAAAGACUUGCAUCUGCAGUGGACAGAAGGCAUCGUCAAUGAGUUUUAUGAACAGGGUGAUGAAGAGGCCAGCCUGGGCUUGCCAAUCAGUCCUUUCAUGGACCGCUCUGCUCCUCAGCUGGCACACCUCCAGGAAUCCUUCAUCACUCACAUCGUGGGACCACUGUGUAACUCCUAUGACUCAGCGGGGCUGAUGCCAGGAAAAUGGAUAGAAGAUAGUGAUGAAUCAGGAGACACCGAUGAGCAAGAGGAGGAAGAAACAGCAGAAAUGGAGACUUGUGAAAAUGCUGAAUCCAGAAAGAAGAAGUUCAAGAGGAGGAAAAUCUACUGUCAGAUCACUCAGCACCUGCUUCAGAACCAUAAGAUGUGGCAGAAAGUGAUUGAGGAUGAGGAGAGGUUAGCUGGGUCAGAGAAGCAAGGCACGGAGCAAUCCCCACUGCACCAAUCUUCAGAACAAAUCCAGGCCAUCAGGGAAGAGGAGGAGGAGAAAGGAAAGGCCAAGAAGGAUGAAGAGGAGAGCACAACUGUAGAACCAAACCAAUGACAGCAUUCACAGCAGUAUUUUAAGACAGAUUGACUCGUGCACAGACUCUUUCUCAAGCCAGCACAGCAUUUAGACACAACACUGUAGAAGUAUGGGAUAAUGCGCCUACAGCUGUUUAAUUUGUUUCUCUUUCCUUUUUAUGGUGAGGUACAUUGUUUAAACUCCUAUGCUCAAGGAAGCUUUCACACUGCAACACCGGCUUUACAGACUUUCUUUGAAGAGAUUUGGGGGUGGGUGGAAUUAUAUAAAUAUAUAUAUAUAAAUAGCCAGGGUUAUUGGCUGCACACUUCAGCAAAAUACAUUUAAUGAUAUAUUAUGGUCACUGUGAUAUUUACAGGAGAAAGUUAGUUAUCUAAGGAAAUGCUGCUUCUGAAGCACAUUUGCAGUUAACAGUAAGGUACCAGUUAAGUAGCUUUUGCUCUUAUGCUGAGGGAUAAAAGUUCCAAAGCUUUAUAUGAAUGCUGAUAUAUCCUGCCAACACGUAAGUGUGAGUGAGGGGGUGUUUGCAAGUGUGAGUGGAUGUGAGGAAAUACAGCAUGGUCUGAGUUCUUACACUCUAGCUGUAGCACAUGUCCCAGUAUACCACAACAAACAGAAGGCCGGAAUUUUAGAGAAUUCGUGCCUGCAAGGGAACAAUUUUGAGGAGCUUUGCUUUCCCAUAGCCCUGCAAUCCCAGUUUGCACUCCAGCUGCGGGCAGCAGCCGCUCAGAGCCGCAGCUCUGGCCCUUCCCAGCUGUGCCAGCACCAUCACCUCCAAUUCCUCCUCUUCCUCCUCCUCCUCCUCGGCAGCUCUGGGACUGCUGGCGAAAGGGAUGUGCCAGGAGGGCUAUUUCCAGAGGGGGAACUGCAUGGCACAGCAAUCUGUUCCCCUGGAGAUGACCUGGCCUCCCUGUGCUCUGUACUGUUGGAGCAGCAGUGCGGGGUCAGGCGUGGGUUUGGGCAGGAGAAAACGGGGAGCAAACGCGCUCGGAAGCUGCAGGCACACUGUCCUCCUCUUCUGCCCUCAGCCCCUGCCUCUGGGCACCAGUGACCAAAGGCAUCACUAAAGAACAAAGCUAAAAAGGCAAAGGGUGCUUCAGGAGCUGCAUGGGGGACAGGUGCCAGUCCUGGGCCGGGCACUCGGCUGUCCCAGCAACUACUCACAUGAGCUUCAGAGAACUUGAGUUUUCAGUGUGAGGUGCUGGAUGGAGAAGUUUAUUGCUGGCAUUCUGCUUAGAAGCAGCAUGUGUGAUCCCACCAAUAUACUUUUUUUCCUUCUUUCUACUUUUUUUUUUUUUUUUUUUUUAAGAGGAAGAAAAAGAUCAGGCCUGUAAGAACAGCAGAUCUUUUUGUUGUUGUUGUUGUUCUGUUCAUAUGUUUUCUCUGUUGUUUAUGCUGUGAGCCAAAUGUCUAUUUAAAAGGUUGGAUAUUCACUUUCAAUAUUUUAUUUCACGUUAUAGUUGUCAAUUAUUAGCUGUCUAGAUGUAAAUAUGGAAAAAUUUUUAUGAGUUCCUGUAGAUAAUGAUAUCUUUAAGAAAAAAAAAAAAAGAAAAAGAAAAAAAAGGGAAAAGUUGUUUUGUAAAGAUAGUUUUUUUAAAAAAUAAAUACAAAAACAUUUUUAUACAGUGUAGCCAUUUUCAAACCCCACAAAUAAAGUCUUGACUAAUUUGUAUAGACCAUUCUGGGAAACCAGCGGUCUACAGGAUCAAGGCUUUAAAAUAUUAAUGCUCUUGGGGACUGGCAGUACCAACCAGUACCCCACAGUUUAGAGAUUUGUUCCCACAGAAAGAGUUAUAUAUAUAAACUCCAGUAUCUCUCCAAAAUCCUUUGACUAUGUAUGCUUUUUCUGCUUUGUUUCUGUAGCCCAUUACCAAGAAGAGGGUUGCUUGUGAGAGUAAGAUUCUUUGUGAAAGGCAGAGUUUGUAGAAGUCCUUUCUGUAUUAAAUUUCUGACAUUACACCCAUCACUUUUUGCUAUUGUUACACAUUCACCAAAUUUCACGAUCCUGUCGACACCUCCCCAAAAUGUUGGAAAACAUUCUCUAUCAAAGCCAAUAGUGUGUGUUAUCACUUGAGAGCUCCUUCAUGCUUUGUGAUUCUGUCAGAAUGAGAUUUUCCUCUAAAGAGGAUUUGGGGUUUUUACUGGUUCUACUUGGCUGAUAUUGUCCUGUCCUACUCUUACCAGUAGAAAAUGUGUUUUCCUUUCAGCAGAGUGACUGGAGCAGGGUUCUGAAUGCUCUUAUCAGCAGGAAUAUUUAGGAAAUGUUUUCCAAUGAAAUCAGGAAAGCAAAGAUCGAAAUCACAUUGCUAUUUUAAAGGAAAAGAACAUAGCAGAAUUCAUUCAAGAGAAAAAAAUAUCUCCAAGAUCUCAGCAAGUCUCCACUAAUUCCAGCUUGCAUUGUUUUCAUAUUCUCUUCAGAUAUUUGAUUGAUCAUUUUAUUUGGGCUUUUCCUGUACAAGUGAUAUGCCUACCUUAUAGUAUGAGAAGGAUUUAUUAUGCUUAAUUUUGUCCUUUAAAAAUUAAACUUAACAGAGAUGCUUUAAAAUGUCACAUCUCCAAGCACUUCUUUGUCAAUUUGCAGUGCAUAAUCACUGAAACUGGAUUUUAAUACUGGCUUCUAUAUUGCCUUUGCUGGAAGAUGAAAAAUUCUAUUGCAGCAAGUGUUAGUGGGUGCCCAGUUAAAUUACAAAGCAUUCAAGAAUGAGGCAAAAUCCUGUAAGUAGGGUUCCACAUAUUCCUCUAAACUGACUCACAUAGGGUUGUAAAGAACUGAGAAUAACUAAGGAAAGUUAUCUAAAAAUGUGCUGAAACCAUUAUAUUUUUCUACUCAUCAUUUUUGGUUGCCAUUAAGUAAACUUAGUGUCAGCUUCUAAUUUCUUCCUCUGCAUUGCCAAGGCAGCUGUUAGAAACUGAUAUACCAUUGCUACCCAAGCCUGUUCAUGGGAACAGUCAUUGAGCUGGACCUUUAUGCUGAAGAAAUUUCUGACAGACUUAAAAUUAGAAUGACUUUUUUUAUCCAAAGUAGAAAGAAAUUCCAGUGAAGAAGAUGAAGUAGCUGUGAGUGCUCAGAUUGGUAAGAGGUGAUUUUUUUUAUUUUUUUUUCACACUCCAAAUAAUAAUCCAAUUUCUUCAGGUGGCACCUCCUUAGGAAUCUCAUUCUCAGUCUUUGAAGUGCAUGUCUGGCAGGCAAUGAUUAGGAAAUCUCUAGGUUGGUAACAACAUAACACAAAAGAAAAUAACAGAAAUUUUAUGUCAAGAAUGUGAAAAACUUUUUUUUUUUUAAUUUGUGCUUUGGGGUUCAUAGAUAAUGAAGCAGGUAAUUUAGGGGGCUUUAUAACAUUUUCUAGACCAAAAGAAGCAAAACCUUUACCUGCAGUUAUAGCAGCCUUUUGGAGGCAGAUCUUGGAUUUCCACUUUGUGUAGCCCUUUGGGGUUGCAAGCACCAAAUAAACCACAGCCUAUGAAAUAUUUUAGGAAGAAAAAACAAAAAAAAUAAAAUUAAUUGUAUUCAAUCAGCAAAAUGCUCAUGUUUUAGGUGGGAUGUUUACAAUGUUGAUAUGAAUUGCUGGUACAUACCAUAUGUAAAGCAGUGUGUUAGAUACUAAGGAAAACAACCCCCAUUUUAUCAGUGUUUUGCAGUGGCAAACCCAAAGUGCUUUAGUUUUCUGUUUUCUAAAAACAAGAGGAAGAGAAAGACUAGAUGAUUUUUCCCAUUUGGAUAUUUUGUUUUCCCCACUGUAAUGGCACUUGGUGUCUGAUCCUGUUCUCUUCUAGCCUAGAAGUCUGCCUGAAGAUUUGCAGUCCUUGCAGCUCCCAGUACAGUGAGAAAAGGACUCUGUGUGUCACAUAGCAAUCACAUGUAAACACUUUUGUCCCUGUAUUGGCACUUUCAUUGAUAGCCACGUGGUGUUUACCAUGGAAUAUACCUUCUCUCAUUACACUUGUGUUGCAGAGGGAACAUGUGGAAGUAAGAGUGUGAAAGCCCCAAAACCUUUUCUUUUAGGAGGAGUUUAAGACAUUAGUUUCUAAGAAACCAAAAAUGCUGGGUCUAAAAACAAUAGUUUCCACCAUGUUCAAUGGGCAAUAAUUUACUACGCUCUAUAUUCAUGCUCUAAUUCUAAAAUCUUGGUUUGUUUUUAGCUAAUGUGCAGAGCCUUUUGACGCUUGUCUCUGAAAAUCAUCUGCUUCCUCCCGUAGGAAGGAGCUGUUUGAUGAGAUGUUGCAAGCUGUGCAUCAGAAAUGAGUAGCAAUCUAGGGAAAAGGGAUUUUUCUGUGCUCUUGGCAGGAUUUGGGAUGGCCUUCAUUUGUGAAUGAAAUCUUUUACACAAAGCUGUGUGUCACUGAAGGCUUCCCCUGUUACAUCAUGCAGGUUGCUGGCUCUCAUGGCAAACACGGUCACAUCAUGGCAGGAAAUGGUUCCCAGGGUAGAUGUAAUUUGAGAAUGCUUUUGUUAAUAAUGCAAGGAUAGUUUUCAUCAGUUUUUAUUCUGACAUCAUGUGCGAGCUUCUCUCUGCAUCAUCAUCAGCCUAAAGAUGGAUUUAGGUCUUUUACCAUUGUUGUACCACUGUUAGAAUUUCUUAAGAUCCUGGUGGUCUGAAUCUGCAAGAAAGUUAAGGCUAUAGAGGUUCAAAUAGAUGCUUUUGAAGGUACCAUUUGGCAUCUAAGUAAAUUUCGCUCCCAAGUCCCAUUCUAGGCAUUCCAUGCUGGACAUUACGUUCAUUUGUUUUCUUUAAAAAUUCUAAAUUUCUGUCUGCUUUUUUGCUGGAAUUCUUUUUUUCUUUCUGAAAUUCUGGCCCCAUCUUUCUUCAGAAAUGCUCUGGAAAGUAGAAGGCAGUGUGAAGAAGGCAGGGAUUUUGCCAAAUUGAACAUCAGUCAGUGGCAGAGCCUGUAAGGACUCUGUGUGGGCAUCCAGUGCUGCUGCUCUGUGAGCUGAGUAGGAAUGGGGUAGCUCUCAGCAACCUCAGCCUAGCUGGACUUGGAAUCCUAGAGAAUUUUGUCAUUUUUCAAAAUGAACCCUAGGCAUUUUUGAAAACUCAGCCAUAAGGUCUAAUGCAGCAAAAGGUUUGUGGUUGGCCCUGGUUGUUAAUGAAGUACUUGUGCAACGUCUAAGUCCUGCCACCAUUGAGAUGUUCCAGCAUCACAUGUUUAAGGAAGGAAGGUUUCAAUUAAAGGAUGAGAGGGUUUCUGAGCCUCCCACAGCCUCAUGGGCAGAAGAUUAGACAUUAGAAGGACGUUCCCAGAGUGAAGAAUACACCUCUCUGCAGGCACUAAGGGCUGCCUGCUCUCCCCAGCCUCAGCCCUGGGCACUGGCCUUAGAACUUGGGUAUCCUCACCCCAGAGCUGGGGCAAUCAGUCCUCAGGCUGAUGGGGUUGUACACAUGCAGAAGGGAAGUAAAACUAGAAUUUUGUGGGAAGGAGAAAAGGAAAUCAUAGUCCAGUAUCAAACAGAUUGUAUAAAACAAAAUUUUAUUUUCCUUUUCUUUCAAAAGCAAAUGUAAUCCUGCUGAAAUGGAGUAAACAUAGAGUUCCUUGGAGUUUAAUUGCUGUUUGAUGUUGCAGUGUUAGUCAAAAUGAUGGCAGUGUUAAAAAUAAGAUUGUUAUUCCCAUUAAUUAAAGCGGGGGAAUCUUUUAUUUUUUCCUAUUUUUCAGUGAAUCAGCAAGUAAGAAUGUCCAGGGAUCUUAGAGAAAAACACAUGUUAAGUGAUUUUGAACAGAUAAAAAAAACAAUAGAAAUUAUGUGACAGCUGUCUUAAGAAACAUUGGAAGAGCUUGCAAAAUUAUUGAUUAUUGGAGCCAAACUUUGAUUUAGAGCAAAAUAGCACCCAGUACUUUUGAGAGCAAUUUAGUAUGACAAAUCUUUGUUUGAAUUUCAUCACUUUCUUUCAGCAAAACAACAUUCCUCUGCAGGUAAAUUAAAGCAGGGUUUAGCCCCUGCUGGGGGGCUAAACUACCACAGAACUACCCUGCUGUGGUAGUUAUUUAGUCCAGCAUUGGAAGGAGCAGUGUGAGAAUUAUUCUCCAUUUACAACUUAAUUAUUAUUUAUUCAGAGGUCUUUAGUGGGAUUUUCCUGGCAGGCAGGUGUUCUUUUGAUGAAAAAUGCAUCACACCACCACACUGGGAUGCAGAUGUCACCUGAGUGAGCACCUGAGCUCUUAGGAUGAUACAAACUCCUCAGGAGCCUGGGGGCAGAACAGUGCUGGUGUAUUUCAUUUUCAAAAGGACAAAAGGGGGGAAGAGCUCGAGCCAGUUAACAAAACUUCUUUGAUAAAACUGAAAGGGUAAGCAGUGUGCAGUCUGAAACCCUGCCAGUGUCACUUGAGGUGUAUGCAGACAUUUCCCCGAGUGCUUGCUCGUGUAAAACUGCUGAGUUCAGGUAAAACCAGCUGACCUUGGGUGUGCUCUGUCAAGCUGAGGGAUGUAGUAAGUCAAGAAGAAUUUUUGACUGAAGUUGUUUAAUUCUGCUUUGUUAAGGAAAACUUUGCUUGGUGCAAGAGGAUGAAAAAAAAAAAAAAAUAUAAAAGAAUAUUUCAUUUGAGCUUUUCAGGUCGCUAGUCUGUGCCUGUGGUUUCUUGCUUCCAAAGCUGUGUGUGUAAUGUGUCUGAGAUGUGGGAAUGGGGCAGCAGAGGAGAAUUCUUCUGCCCUGGAUGCCAUAGGGAGUCUUUGUGCUCUGGGGAGCACCACUGAAAUCUGCAGGUGUGGAAGAAGGUGUAAAUGAGCAGUGAAUUAAUUAGGGAAAUUCCAGUAUUUCUUUUUUCUGUGUGGAAGCAUAAGAGCAGGUGUACAGGACCUUGCCACUGCUGCAGGCCAUGUGUCCUUUUAUGAUUGAAUUCUCUUGUCCUGAGGUAAAACCAUAGAAAAUCAGAUCAAAUAAUAGCUCAAAUUUUCAACGCUCAGAAACAAUUGAUGUGAAUUAGCAACUGCUCUUUGCUUUUAUGUAUUUAUUUAAAAGAGUUGGGAGGUUUUGGUGGUGCUUUUUUAUUCUCCUCUGACUUUAGUUGUAUUCCCCCAUGCUUUCUUAAAAAAAAAAAUUAAAAAAAGCUCUGUGAUCUGGUCAGAGAGAAAUCAGUGAGGGGUUUGCCAUGUGUGUACAUACUGCUGUAGGUAGAAAGCCUGCUAAAGUCUCUUAAAGCUGACUUUCCUUUUCAAAAUUCCUGCCUGAUCCCGAAACACAACGAAAACCUGUGUUUGAAUGCAAAAUGUUGAUUUGUAGGUGUUUGUAAACCUUGAUACAGUACUGCAGAUGGUGUCCCAAAAGAUCAAACACAACGUUAAUAACUGCUAUGUGAUGUUGAUGAUAUCUUUAAUAUUUCAACCAUGUCAGCGUACUUUUGGUCAUUACUUUUCUAAAGUUAAGUCUUCUUCUCUUGAAUAAUCAAUAUCAGAUGUUUGCAUGAUGGAAAGUAAUUUAAGUUUACUUUUUAAAAAGCCGUGAUUCAUACUGUGGGUUACGUUUGUUUAACAGAUUAACAUUUUCACUGAUGGGUGGCAGUUUUUUUUUCUUUUUAGUGCUUUUGAUAGAAGAACAUCUAGGAUAUUUUCCAACAAAAACACAUUUUUUCACCUUUGCCUCCAGUUGUGGAAGAAAGACCUUCCAAAAAUAAUUCUUUUCCAAUACAGUUUGGCCUGUCUGGGUAACAAUAUGCAAGUAUAUAUAUCAUGUAGAAGAUGUGAUUGAAAAAAUUAAAAAUCCCAUUUUGGUAAAGUGAUCAAGAAAUUAAUAUAGCAAGAUUACAGCCCUUUCUCAAUUAAAAUCUUUGGUGUGCCAAUAUAAUUGAAGCACUUGACCCCCACCAGAUUCGAGGGCCAAAUUAUACAAUUUU